AUAAACAUCUGCAUCGUUUCUGUACAUCUUAAUUGCGGUAAGAACGGUUUCCUCGAUUCUAAAUUUUUUUGUGAUGUACAAUUUUUUUUGUUCUUUUCACAAUUACAGGUAUCAGGAUGGCUAAAUUCUCUUUUAAGAAAAACGUGCAGUAUGACAUCGCACUGCUGACGGAAGUGGAAACUACUAAUCCAUUCGCGAUUAAAAAACGUAAACCGGUGUGGGUGGAAAUCGCAAAUAAAUUGAUCCAGUCUAAUUUGAAAAUGAAGGUCACGGACCGGUCAUGUAGGGAGAGAGUGGACCUGCUUCUCGCUAGUUUUCGAAAGGACGAGACCUCCAGCAUUCUGGCAUCGGGCAUACUCGAGGAGGAGAUGGACGAGCUGAAGAAACUGUUGACCAGUGUUUCUCAAUUGGAGAGCCAAAAGCCAGUUUCCGGUCCAACUAUUUUUUCAAAGUCAAAUCGAGAGGAAGGCGAGAAAAUUCGCCGAGGUGCAGUUCAGAAUCUGUCAGAGAAUUUGUCAGAUGUUGAAUGUGAUGAUAAAAAAUUGCCGAAGACUGGGGAUACUCCACCUGGUCUUGUUCGACCAAUAGUUACAGGACCGAUUACAGGACAGAAUUGCAAAAACAACGACAAGAUGCUGAAAUAGAAGAAAAGUCGUUUUUCUGAAAUGCUGCUGGAAGUAUUAAA